AUGAUGACUCAUCACAACACCCCUGCACCAAGACGACUUGGUCACUUUUGCCCACGCCGUGCCUCUUUUCCCAAUGCCCACGCCGAUCCCGCCCCUUUCCAGCUUUCUCGGGCCUCAGGACCCGAUAGAUCAGCACAAGCGAUUGACACCACAGGUACCAUUUCACACAGCAGGCCUGUCUGCCAUUGCGCCUGGCUGCACACUCAGAUCACCCGUGGACCACGCAAAUGCUCCAAUUACUGUCGGUACCUCGUCUCAUCUAAAACCGGGUCAACCGGUCGGCCUACUUCCACGCCCUCAGCGGAAUUGACCUCUUCUGCCGUGGCCUCAACGUCCACUCGCCAUUUCACUCUUGCCCGAAGGCAUGUCUCCAGGCUUGGCGCUCCGGAAACCACAGCGCCUACACAUCUGCAAGUCGCGCCUGGCCUGGCCUGGCCUGGCAUUAUGACUCACUCCACCCCUUCACCGCAAGCAUACUUGUUCACAAGUCUCCAACCCUUUGCGUCAGACCCUAACUCACUAGGGUACAUGCAUUCCACCCACAGCAGCUGUGAACUCGUCAAAGAGGCAAAUGAAGUCGAUCCCUCCUCUUUCUGUCCUGACCCAUAUACCUACUCUUUACCCCCUUAUCUAACUUAUCUGCAAACAUGUCGGUUAAGCAUUACUUUAUCGGUGCUUAUUUCGGCACUGAUGGCUUCUGAUUUUUACGCUGUCCGUCAAGCCAGAAAGACAAAAGAAGAGCACAGAAGAACUGGGGCCGUAGGACGGUCAAUCAAGGACAUCUUUUGCGCACAAUCCAAGAGUUUUCAUCCCAAAAUAAUCCUAAACUAA